GCACCGCUCCAUUGUAAGUAAAACUCUCGCAGAAGCAACACGAACUUUCACCGGUGACGGUAGCUACCUUGUGGAAGACAGUGUAGUGAUUCAGUGAUAUCCCGACUUCGAAAUAAGAGACAAGAUGCACCAAAAAGUGGCAGGUUGGGCGUUGCUGGCCCUCAUCAGCUCAUCAGCUAUUCUUCACACAAUGGCGUACCCGCAGCAUGCAAUGCAGCCCUUGAUUUCUCAGUCAACGAGCAAUGUCCGAACACAGAACCUGAAGUACUACAGCAACUCGCUGCCCUUGCCGCAACCAGCAGUGGAGGAGCGCAAGUUUGCCGAGAAGCCCAACGCCUUGAAGAAGGUGGCUCUCGACGACCUGGACGACAUUCAAACGAAUUCCAUAUCCGACAGCGGGUUCUCAUGGUCGAACAUGCUUAGUAUGGUAAUGCAAAUGCUUUUCAACCCCGGUGGCACAACUGGCCCCAACAAGAGUGACGACAAUGACACAGUUUCCCCAUCUCCGUGGGCAAACCUCCUCUCUAUGGGUCUGAAAAUCCUCACUGCUAUUCUCGGAGGAGGCGGAAGCGACGGCAUCGACAAGGUCGACAACGGAUCCUCCCCGAUGCAGGGUAUAUUGGCAGCGGUUCUGUCGACGGUGCUCGGUGCAAAAGAUCCCGACCAGGUCGCCUCCAUGGCAAAGCAAGCUGGAGAGUUCAUCAACAUCGUAGUCAACCUCCUUGAUGCCCUGAAGACUUCAUUCUCGCACCGCUCUUUGACUGCUCGUUCCAUGGGUCGCAAGGACUCUGUCAGUGAUGCUGCUCUUGCUGGAAUUGCCAUGAUGAAAACCUACGUCAGAGCUUUCGGCACCAACGAUGACAAAUGUCUCCAGAAGUACAUCUGCGAUGCCAAUAACGAAUGUUCUUCUGAUAUUGGGCCUAAGAGCGUGUUCUGCCAACUUGGAACUUACGCAGCUAGCUUCGUCUUGGAAAGGCAAUCUGGCGGUACCUUCGAGGAGUUCUACGAGGCCGGGCGUCGCGGCCGUGCCGGUAUCGACUGCCGUCAAAUGUAUCUCCAGUGCAACGAAGUCUAAACACUUCCCUCAUAACUCAUAGUAACCAAAUUAUUCGGGUUUUGCUAACACCAGUAUUGACAAGUCGUCAGAUAAUUACCUCCAACAAGAAUGCAAAAUUUAAGGAAC